UAUGUGGGAAGAUGAAAACAUAUUUGGAAAGAAACAAAAAUUAAGACCAAAUGCUGUACCAAUAAAGGAAUUGCAUGUGGAAAUGUUACAAGGUGGUACUAUACAAAUGCCAAAAAUGCACUUUGUCAGCAUUUUAAAAAGAAAACAAAACAUUGUUAAUUCAGAAAAGCCAGCGGAAGACGAUGUAGAAAUCACAGAUAUAAUACCUCCUAAAAGGACGAAGAAAAAUAACGAUUUGGUACCUGAUUCACCUGAUUGUGAAAAUCUCUCUCUCUCUCCCUCUCUCUCUCUCUCUCUUAAUCCAGAUAUAUAGCAAUAACAGAUGAAAUGAAGAAAUGUUUAGAAAAAAAUCAACAAUUGGAGAGAAAAUUGAGGAAGACAAAUUGAAUCAUAAAGAAAAUGAAGACAACAAACAAUAUAUAUAAAAAAGAAUUACAGUUAAAACUACGGCGCCUUGAAAAAGAAGUAUGUAAAAGGAAUUCCUUUGUAGAAGUUACGUUUAAAUUUUUUAAUGAUGACCAAGUAAAGUUUUUAACAAAUAAGAAUAAGAAAGUGGCCAAAUGGUGUAACGCUACUUUAUUAAAAUCGUACAGGUUGAAAUUUGCA